GACAUAUUCGUAUGAAAUUGUCUCCUCUUGUACCUAGAAAGUAUAUUUUAGUUGUAGUUUAAGCCAUUGGUCUUUUGUCAAUGUUUUUUCCUUGAUCAAUUAAUUGUGACUCUAUCACAAUGUGUAAGGACUGAGUUAUGAACAAAAGAAGUAGCAAUUAUGAAGAAUUAUGAAGAUAGUGUUGACUGGAUAUUAGUGUUGUCUACCUGUGAUUAAUUUUAUCUGAAACUCCUGAUGGAUUCGAUUUGGCUUUAUUAGAUUAGGUUGAUCUGUGGUGGGUCUUCUCCAGGUAGAAUUGACUAGGCAUUUUUGGAGACAUUUAUCAUCAUUUACUGGAUUCAUUGAUGUCUAAAGGAGCUUUCAAAAAGAUGAUGAUGCUGCUCAGCUGGGUCAAGCAUAGUGAAUCAAACAUGUGGUGAUGUGCUCUGUUGCUUGUGCAUCAUGAACUAUUUUUUAAUGCAGGACUCGGAGAAGACCCUUGUCAAACUUCUAAUUCAUGUGAUUCUAUGUCAUCUUGCAAGACAUAUACAUGGUCUUUGGAAACAAGAGAUUAAAGAAUAUUUGGGAUGAAGGUGUGCUUUUUGACUUUAAUGGAUGUGAGAUACCUGAGACUUGUAGGAGUUUCUAUUUAAAUUCUCAUACAUCUUGCAGUCAACAUGAAAACAUGAUGGAAGGUAAGAAUCUUUAGAAUGUGGUGGACAGAAUACCAUGUACAUCUUAGUUCAUCCUUUUUCAAGGUGCCCCCUUAGUGCAUCACCACAAACAAGUGGAGGAAAGUUAAUUGGCAACCAUUGGCUCAGUUUGAUGCAUUUAUCCUGUUCAACUGGAGAAAAAUCUAUCAGAUGUACAGAAUGAUGAUAGUUUUGGGAAAUCAAUGGCUCAGUUUGUGAUAUAUAUUGCCGUUCUAUAAUUGUCUUGCUGCUCCACAAAAGAUAUGGGCAAAUGGUUUGUGCAAAUUAUGAUGGAUCAUUAUGGUGGUGCCACAUUACUCACUAAAAACUUCAAGCUGCGGCCAGUGACCCGUUGAAGCAGCCAACAUGGCAGAGGAGGAGGAGCAGCAGAAGAGGAAGAAACACAAACACAAGGAGAAGGAUCAGCAAAAGGGUCCCAAGAACAAGCCGGCAGCGGAUCAGCCCCACUUCAAGUCGAGCGCCGACGUCAAAGGCCUCCGCUUCGGCGGCCAGUUUGUGGUCAAGUCCUUCACCGUCCGGCAGGCGGCGCCGCUUGAGCUACUACAGCUUCUGGACCUCCCUCCUCCCUGCGUCGGCCAGUGCCAGGCCCUCUCUCUCCCUUCCACCCUUACCUACGUGCCCACCAACUUCACCAUCCUCGCCCACCACGCCUGGCACACUCUCACCCUCGGCCUCGGCACCGCCAAGUCCAAGGCGAUCAUCUUCGUCUUCGACUCCGAGAGCACGAAGGCGGCGGCGGGCCGGCUGUGGCCGCGCGUGAUCCCCCUGGGCGACGUCAACCGGAAGCUCAUCCGGGGGCUCGCCGGCUGCGAGAUGUCGCGGUUCAAGUUCCGGAAGGGAUGCCUCACGUUCUACGUCUACGCCGCGCGGCGGCAUGGCGCGGCCGGCUUUUCCUGCGCCGACGAUCUGCGGACAAUUCUCGAGGCCGUCGUGGCCCUCAAAGAUUUCCUGGACCACACCGCCGUGCUCGCCCUCCCCAGCCAUCGAAGCAUCACCCUCCCCGUCGACCAAGUCGCAGUGACACACUGAGUUCACUGUGUUCCAUUCAUUGUUCUCAUUACAGAAACCAGAAUCGUGGGUCUCUCUCAGAGGCAGAGAGAUCAGUAAGUAGACUGCAUCUACAAGCUUUCUUUUAAGCUUUCCAACUGUUGUAAUGGCAGCUGAGUUCCAAGGAGAAGAUGAGCAGUCAUCCAUGAAAUGUAGGUAAGAGAAGAUGGAUGCUUCAGGAGGCAAAGGAAGGUGGCCUUUCACUUUGCAGAGGUAAAAGAAGGGACAUGUCGUCCUGCAACUCUCACCCUAACCAAAAGGGACGACGACACCACUUGUUGCUUUACUCAUGCUCAAUGGACCCAAUCUACGCCUCCUUUUGGAAGUGACAACACGCAGUGGAUUCGUCAUUCAAGUGUUCCCCAGCGCCAUUCAAUGCAGCAUGAAGAUCUUGUCGACCCCAACAGGCAUCAAAAGCAU